AUGUCGUCUCCCUUUACCUACGGGGAGCCGUCGCCCCUCAACAUGCCCGUUGUUGCCGGCGACGACGAUGACGAUCCGACCUCCGACAUUCCUAGGCGUUUGAUGAGAGUCAAGGUCCUUUACACAUUUGAUGACUCGCACAAAACGUGUUGUCUUGCGCGUCUGCCGAACGCGUUGAACAUCCCGACCGUCCCUAUUGAUGAGGAGACCCAAGUAGGCGUCAUUGAGCUCCGGACGUGUAUCGAAGCCAUUGUGGCAGCGAGCCCUGAACUUGUAGCAAAGCUUGGCCACGACUACACCGUGUACGCGUACGACUACUCCGAAUAUGAAACCCCGCUCGUCGGUCAAGGAAUGCUCUCAUGGAUCCUCGCCACCACCUCGCCUACCCCCGAUGCCCCGGCAAGUUGCUCCAAGACGAUGGUUACCGGCAAGGUCCGCGAAAAUAUCCUGGGCUUGUUCAGUGGGGGGAUUAAGGAGACUCUGGAAGUCAAGCUGAAACUCGUUCCGGUCCCGACUUUCCUACAGAGCGAAUAUCUGGAGACGAUGGAGAGAUACCGUAAUGUCAGUAGGGCUCUGCCCGAGGGUUUUGACCACAGCCAAUGGGCCGCCCUUAAGUCGAAUCCGGAGUUCAACGCUUUCGCCGCACAGACUGCAGCCGGCCCGUCUCAACCUUCGGGAACCAUGCAACGCGUCAACAGCGGUGGUGUGGAGACCCUUCAUCAACUGCUAACCCAGAAGCCCGUUGAGGAAAGACGUGGUAGCCAGCCGUACGCGCAUACCUUGUCUCAAAGCCGCCAAGGCAGCAGAGCCGGUAGCCGAGCAGGCAGCAGGGCAGGCAGCCCCACUCCUAGCAUGCGCUCUAGCGCUGCGCUACAGCAAAUCACCCACGACCACUCUAGACCAUGUUCAAGAGGAUCGUAUACCAGCGAGCGGCCAGCUUCGCGUCAUGAAUCUCAGUUCGACCAUCGCAAUAACCAGCAGCAUGGCCAGGAGUCUGAGCAGGAAGACGGCCCGCCAAGGAAAAGAGCAUGUGUUGUACAGGCUGAUUGGCGCGGCAAGUCACAAUUUGGACCUAGGGCCGAUACCCUUCGAAUAACAGCAAGCACCGCUGCUUCGGUCCGUGUACACAAGCCCACCCCUAUCAACCCUGCUGCUGGAGGAUGCACCAACUCGCUGGAGCCACCACCUCGCGCCCCCACCCCGAUACCUCACGAGCUGCCUCAGCCGCGGAACCGUCCUUCCGUUGGAGGGACUAGCUCUCUGCGCCGGGCAUCAUCCUCGCAGAGCAUGAGGCGUUACACAUCGCCAUACGCUCCGCGUGGGCCUUACUCGGAAUCUGCCAUUGGGUCUGAAGACGAGCAGAUGGCUGAUGCUGAGGACUCGCCUGCAGACUUUCCGUCUUCGCCUCCAGUGUUUGGUCCGAAUCAUGAUUCGCCCGCGGCUUCAAGCCCUGGUCUGCCAACCCUUCCCUACCCGGAUGAUUCUGGAUUCAUGAGCGGUACUGGAAUGGACCGAGAGUUGGAGAUUGGCGCGGCUGACAAACCCGAGCAAGUCCGUCCAACAACCGAAUCUCAUACCGAGCCUCCUUCUGCAGUCAUUUGCUCGGACCAGUGGCAAUUCGAAACUCCUGGCCCUCCCGAACUCUUGCCGACCAAUGUAGGUCGAAGGCAGCCGGAUUAUCGAUCACAACGUGCGGCUGCAUCCGCAAAGCGCAUGACACCAGGGCCUGGACCCAAACCUGAGACACGUGGGAGGAAGCGAAACGAUUCAAAACCCCCGCCUCCGCCACCGCCACCACCGAGGAAUCUCGCACCGGCCCCUCCUGUGCAAGCACGCCCGACUUUCGUACCCCAGCAACAACCUUCGGCUCCGGCGUGUCCUCCAGUGCCGCAACAUUCUCAACCUCAGCCACAGCAUCAGCCCUCACCUUCUCUUCAACAACAGCCAGACAUCUCACCGCAAUCCACUUCCCAAAAUCAACCUGCCAAACCGCCACAGCUUUCAUCCCAGUCACCGUCUCAGCUGCAGCAUGAACCUCAGAUCCAACCCCAGUCUGAGAAUGAUGCCCAACCACAAGGUCUUGCCAGCCAGCCUCAGUCGGCCCCCUGGCGGCCGCAAUCCCAACAAAUACCGCAAUCACAGUCUCAGGUUUCGCAAGCUGCACCUCAACCACUGACUGCAUCUGCCAUAAGCCCUUCCGCCACUGUAACAAGCGCAUCUCCCGAGGCGCCUACGUCAGCUACUCAGCGCAGUAGCAAGCUCCAAAAGAAGGGUUCAGCGGCGCCUAAGGCAAAGAAGACGCUUCCCCGUUCCAACACCUGGUCCGCCGGCACUCCUAAGGAGCCUCAAGCUGACGAGCCAGCUGUGACACACACAGAGUCACGGGCGGGAUCACCAGCACCUCGCAGUGGGUCUGGAGCUAAGAGAAAGAAGGCCAUUGAGGAUAGACUGAUGCAAAGCCUGGCUGAAGGUACGAUGCCCGACUUCUGUGAGUGCUGUGGAGCGAUCCAGACGCCUACAUGGCGAAAGGCAUUCUACAAGGAGAUCGAAGGUAGCCCUGCUGGCAUCGCGACGUCGUUGGAUGAGCCAGGAGCCAUUGUCGGCUUCGAGGUAAUCCAGCCCAAUCCGGAUGAGGAGAACGCCGUUGAAAAAUACAAGGUGUUCAAGAAGAGCUUGACCAACUUGGACAAGAACAACGGGGACUAUACGAAGAUGCAACUCUGCAAUCCUUGCGGUCUACACUUCUUCAAGUAUGGCAACAUGCGGCCCGCGGACAGGUGGGAGGUUAAGCCUAGGACGGUCGGAGCGAAAAAGCGCGGUGGCGGAAAGCCGGCCAGGAGAAAGAAGGGCGAUGACAAACAGACCUCGCCGACAUUCGACGCCAUGCAAGAGCCACCGUCGCAGUUGAUGAGCGAUUACCCCGAUUACGUCAUGGAGUUCAUGGAUCCCGAGCAAGAAUCCCAACAAGCCGAGCAGCAGCAGGACCAGCAGGACCAGCAGGACCAGCAAGGCCAGCAAGACCAGCAGGACCAGCAAGACCAGCAGAACCAGCAGGAGCAGCAGGAUCAGCAGGAGCAGCAGGACCAUUUGCAACAGAAUGGGCUGCAACACAGCGUGCCUGAACUAACUGACGCCAGGCCUACGGAGCUGCAGUGCAACCAUGAUCGAGCGGAGGAUGCCUUGAGGGAUCAGCGAAGGAAGGCCGAGUCUCGACAAGACGAACAGCCCGCCAAAUGGCAACGCAUUAAUAAUGCCCAAGACCGAAGAGCUGUCAGCCUGGAGCCCCUAAGAGAAGACUCGAAUGACUCGCAGGAGCCCGGAUCGGGCGCGGCUGGUGCAAGCCGCGCAGCAUUGGCUCGUGCCAUUCACUCUAGCCCUCCCCGGCUGAUCGGGUUGCAAGAAAGCGAACUCGACCUUGAGGAUGAAGUGUCUCCUAGUAGACCGACUAGGCGCAUUCUCUUCCCGUCCCCCCGUAGGUUUGGGCAGUUCAAGUCUUUGGAGGACGGGCAGAAGGAGAAGGAGAUCGCGCAGCCUGUGUUCGGUCAGCUCCCCCGUCCCCCUCGUAGCGAACCUGCUACCGAUGUCCAGGACAAAGAAAACGUACCCCCGGCUGAGAUGGAUGACGGCUUUGCUCACUUGUUCGACGACCCGGAUGGGAACCUGCUGCAGAAUUGCUUCAAGUCUCCAAGGAGCGCAAAGAGUACUCGCACUUUAUCCGAGUUCAUAAAGACACCGACGUCCAAAUCGAAGCGGGCUGCCCUUGGUGCCAGGGAUGGUUUUGUGUCUCCAGCAAACGCUGCAGUCAACGCGGCUGUAGAUGACAUUCUGCUUCUUUCUACACCCUCGAAAGCUUCGAGGACGCCGAAAGCUGCUAUGUCUCCAUUCUCUCAGGCCUUCCUCAAUGACAUCCUCAACACUACCAAGACGCCGCGGUCUGCGGCGCGUAACAUGGCCAGCUCAAGCUGGGACCUUAGCUCACCCAGCAAUGCCGGGCUCAUGGACUUCAGCAACUUCGAUUUUGGCAUGCCGCCAAGCACAGACAUCCCAUUCUCGAGUUCGCCGUCCAAUUUCGGUGCAAGCUUCAAUUUCGCGCUAUAUGAGGACCCGCUCACAGCAACGUCGAAUUUCUGGGGUGGCACAUCGGUUUUCAACGAUAGUAGCGACCCUGUGCGGGGUGGCCAAGCCGACGGCGAGGGACCGAAGGGAGACGAGGUUCCCGAGAACGGCGAGAUCGAAUUUGACCACAUCAUCGACGAGGUCACAGCUAGUGCUAGCAAGAGCGGCGGGAAAAAAGACGGCGCCGAGGGCGCGGACACGACUGUUACGACUACGGAAAACGACAUGGAAAAUACGGGCGCAGCGACACCGGCGGGUUCUGAGGCAGCGGUGGAUCUUAUUCCCGUCGGGCUGUGA